CGCACAUAAGAAAACAGUCGCUCUCCGUCGGCCGAGAGGGCCGGGCGUCAUUCGAAAUCGAACUUUGUAUUCGAAAUUCGAAACUUCGAGUUCGAAUCGCGAGUGUUUUGUUUUCAGUGCUUCGUAGUGUUUGUUUUCGAGAAGGAGGCAAAGAGUCCAGCUAGUUCGUGCCACCAAAAAAUGCGGGCCUGUUCAACGUGACAGUUCAAAAGGAACCAAGAUGUCGUUCAAACAGCUCACAAACAACAGUAUCGCUAAGGCCUACAACCAUCUGUUUGUGGAACUAGCAGAUCCUCGCACCAACGACUGGUUCCUCAUCAGCAGCCCGAUCCCCGGGCUGACGAUCCUCUACCUGUACUUGAAGUUCGUGCGAACAUGGGGCCCUCGGUACAUGGCCAACAGGCCGCCCUUCCAGUUUCAGAAGACCCUGAUCGUCUACAACUUCCUGCAGGUGCUUGUUAGCUGCUGGCUGUUCCAUGAGGGUCUAGAUGCGGGCUGGCUGCGGACAUACAGUUGGAAAUGCCAACCCGUCGACUUCUCAGACAGCCCGGAAGCGAUGCGAGUGGCCCGAGGAGUCUACGUGUACUUCCUCGCGAAGAUGUCGGAGCUCCUGGACACGGUGUUCUUCGUGCUCCGCAAGAAGGACCGCCAGAUCACCUUCCUCCACAUGUACCACCACACCGUCAUGCCCAUGAUAUCCUGGGGAGCGACUAAAUACUACCCCGGCGGGCACGGCACGCUCAUCGGCGUGAUCAACUCGUUCGUGCACAUCAUCAUGUACUCAUACUACAUGCUCGCCGCCAUGGGGCCCAAGUACCAGCGGCUGUGCUGGUGGAAAUCCUACAUUACUACUUUACAAAUGGUCCAGUUCUGCAUAGCGUUCCUCCACUCCUCCCAACUGCUCUUCUACGACUGCGGCUACCCUCGCUGGUCCGUCGUCUUCACUCUUCCCAACUCUAUCUUCUUCUACUAUCUCUUCUGGGACUUCUACGACAAAGCCUACAAGAAGCCUGAUGCCAAUGGUGCUAAAGCUAACGGCCGCGUGAAAGAAAAUGGCGUCAAAGGACAUAAAAAAAUUGAAAGCAACGGGAUUAAGGACAGUUGUAACGAUAAGAAAGUGAAGUGAAUUGUGUACUUUUUAUCGCGCACAAAAGAGCCAAGGCAGUUUAAACCCUGACUCUUGUUUUACUUAGAAAAAAAAAUGCAAAAGGUAGGUCGAAAAAUUGUUGUUUCUGACCUGAAUUGCUUACUAAAGGGUAUGCGGCAAUUGAAUGAUACAAAUUUCGUCUGCCUUGUAAAUCUACCAUUUAAUUUAAACAAGAUUAUUUUGGGCCGAUUACAACAAAAACGGUUUUCAGAGAUAAAUGAAUAAAGAAUGAUUUUUUUGAGACAAGAAUUGGUUUACAUAUGAUAAGACCAGCAUAACUUACAUUACAUAGCACAAAAUAGUAUCUUUACAUAAAAAGUCACCAUUUGAUUAAUUGCCUAAGACAGCUAAUAAAACUCUUCUAAAAAAAAUACUAAUACACGCCAUGUAGAUUUGUAAAUACAUACGUUAUUAUUUAACUAUUUACAUAGGUAUUAAAGCACAAUUUUUGUUUACAUUGUACAUAAAGGCAUUUUACGUAUAAAUUAGAAUGUUAUACAUAUAACGCAUGCUCAAUGUACUUAUUUAAAAUGUAAUUUAAAUUGUGUAAUUGAUGAUAUAAUUUUCACUGUGUACAUGUAUAACAAUCGCCUCAAAAAUGUCAAGUUUGAGAAAUUAUAUUAGAGCCUAAUUUGAGGCCAAAAGUGUUCAGAAGUGACGAGGUCGCUCCCGGACAUUAGGACUAUAAAAUAUAUUCAUUACGGGUUACUCACGUUCACAAAUUGGACUUAAAUGUCUUGAGUGACCCGUUACAUAUUCUGAUUUGAGUCGCGAGGAAGUUAUUUAGACAUUAACAUGACACUCACUUCGUCACUUCUCUUAUAUUUUAAAAUCUGUAGCUUCAUCACGCUUACCGCCGCUGUGAACAGUGUUCAUAAAUCAUUUGUAAUGAAAAAUUAAUUAGAGGCACAAAAACUAUACUGUCGCGCAGGGUCAGAAACUCAGAAUACGACAUCAUCUCCAUCUUUACGGCUACCAUCAGUUUGGCAUUGACAUAAACGCUAUCGUGAACGUAAUUUACUUUCUAUGCAUCUCGCUCGUACUGACAUAUUAGUGCAAAAGAGACAUAUAGAAAGUAAAUUACGUACCUACACGAUAGCAUUUCUGUCAAUGCCAAACUGAUGGUAGCCGUACUAGUCGUUAUCCAAGCGAUGAGUGCGACCAUUAAGCUGGCCAUACACGUUAUGGCUCCUCUACACGAUGGGCCAACGCCGGCCACUCCAAGGGACGCAUUUAUGCGUUAGAGGGAGCAAGUGAUAUUGCUAUCUCAUUCUACCGCAUGGCUGCGUCCCUUGGAGUGGCCGGCGUUGGCCCAUCGUGUAGAGGAGCCAUUACUGUAUAGAGGAUUUUCUGUAGAAUUUCGGUAAAUAGUAACAUCUAUUACUAGCAAAAUUUCCGUGAGACGCUGGCAUAUUUAAUUAUUAAAUCGGGUCACUCACGUAUAUAUUAUAGUCCUAUACGUAUAGACUUUGUAUGCGUGAGUGACUCGAUUUAAUAUAUUGAAUAUAUCUAUGACUAGCUUGCGACUACUCGUCUAGAAUGCCUAUUAGAACACAAAUACACAUAAUUCUUCUAUAAAUACCUAAGUGUAAGCUAAUAUUAAGAAAUUGUAGAUAGAUUUUUAAAUAUACUAAUGUAUACAAAUUCUUCCAAAGCGGGAUACAGGACUCUCUGCCUAUAGGAAUAAGGUGUUCUUUAGGGAAUUGCUACUAUUCAGAAAUUAUAUAGUCGAAUGGUGAACCAAUGUCACUUUUAUGGCCGGUUUUAGUUUUCUCUUUUUCCUGGCAGUCUGUAUAAAGCCUGACAAGAUUCUAUAGGCCCCGUGCAUGAACUAUAGAGGGCAGCAUAGGACCCGUCAGAUUUUUGGCGCGACGCUUAAAUUUUAGCUUCCAAUAUAGCCCACAAGCUGGCAGAACCUACUUUGCAUAAGGAAAUGUACCGACGAGAACGGUAGAUGGCAGCACUUGCUUUGUACACGUGCACAUAUGUUUCCGAUUCAGGCCACAAGAUGGCAGACCCUUCAACGCGCACGGUCCCUAUGUGGCAAUAAUGUGCAUUACGCGUACGUCAUAUAUUGUCUAAUAUAGAGAAGGUCAUAAAAAUCUUGUCUAAUCUAUAGAAAGGAAUUUCAGUACCAUUACGUACCUUGUCACAGUGACAAUAUUAGGAGGGUAUCGUCUUGGGUCGUCCCAUUCGUUUUUCGUCAAGUUCUUAAAUUAGUCCUAUUCUGCUUUCGUCACUCAUUCUACAUUCGUCACAAUCGUCGGUGGCUUUCAAUGUAGAAUGAGUGACGAAAGCAGAAUAGGACUAAUUUAAGAACUUGACGAAAAACGAAUGGGACGACCCAAGACGAUACCAUUAUGAGGUCCCUAGUGACUUCCUUAUAAAUUGUCACUGUGACAAGGUACGAAUUGGUACGGAAAUUAAAUAAUUGACUUGACUGACUGUAUGAUCCUAGGACCGGAAAGGAGAAGAAUAAAACAGACCCAUUUAAAGUAGGUAUAUUAUGAUUUUGAAGCUGUCUUCCUAUUUACAUAAUAGCCUAAAGGUAUCAUUAUUUAAAUAACGUUUAAAUAAGUUUUUAUUUUAUUUGUGAAGACUAACGUCAAUUAGAUAUUAAAACGCUGCGAAUCAAAUUUUACCAUAUAAAUUGUUUUUUAUUUAUUUAUUUGAUUUAAUCAUACUUAAUAGAUUGUACACAAAUGUUUUACCUAUGUACGAAUCUUUUAAAGCGAUGUUCGGUAUUAAAAUGUUACGAGAA